AUGCACUCCUCAUCUGUUCUCCUCGCUCUCACCAUUGCCGCCUCCACGGCGUCAGCCGCUCCUCUUGGGGACUUCGAUUCUCGCUCUCUUUCAUCUGAGCUUGGCCCACUUCUCAAGAAGUUGGGUUUAGGUGCUGCUGCAGGUGCUGGUGUCACCGCACUUGGUGACGCCCUCGGCGGUAGCUCCGACUCCAGCACCGCGCCAGCCUCCAAGCGUGACGAUACCGCCUCGCCUUCAAUCUCGACGAGUCUUGCCGACCUUCUCAUGAAGCUGAAGCUCGAGGAAGGUCAUGGACCAGCCGUCAUCAAUUCUACCCUCUUUCAACGGGACCUCGCCGACCUCCUCCACGAGCUCCCCAUCGCGGAAGGCCCCGGACCAAUCGUCUCGAACAACUCACUCGUCCUCAGGGAUAUUGAUGCUCGUGCCCUCUCUUCCGAGAUCACUUCCAUCCUCAAGAAGUUGGGCCUCGGUAUAGCUGCUGGAGCCGGGACCACUGCCCUUGGUGACGCACUCGGCGGUAGUGACAGCUCCUCUGCUGCCGCACCGUCCGCUACUGGCACCAGCAAGCGUGAGCUCGAAGAGUUUGAGGCCCGCGGAUUCUCUUCUGAGAUUGUCCCCCUCCUCAAGAAAUUGGGCCUCGGUAUCGCUGCUGGUGCUGGGACUACUGCCCUCGGUGACGCCGUCAGCGGCAGCGACAGCUCUUCGAGCAAGCGUGACUUGACUGAAUUCGAGGCUCGUGGAUUGGGAUCUGAAAUCGUACCCCUCCUCAAGAAGCUGGGUCUCGGUAUAGCCGCUGGUGCUGGGACUACCGCCCUUGGAGAUGUCCUCGGUGGCAGCGAUUCUUCGAGCGCUGCCGCGCCUGCUGCGACUCCUGCUAGCAGACGUGAGCUUAUGGACUUUGAUGCUCGCAGUCUCGGAAGUGCUCUCGGAAAGCUUCUCGGUGCCACGGAAGAUGAUAUCGGUACCGUCUUGAAGAAUGGCGCUAUCGGUGGUGCCGUCACUGGCGGGGUCGUCUCCGCUGGAGAUGCCGCCGAGAAUGCAGCUAACUCCAAGAGAGAUAUAGACAUCCGCAGCAUCGGUAGUGCCCUCGGAAAGGUACUCGGUGCCACGGAAGACGAUAUCGGCACUGUACUCAAGAACGGCGCUAUUGGUGGUGCUGUCACUGGCGGUGUCGUUUCUGCCGGGGAUGCUAUCGAGAGCGCCUUUGGAGGAUCCAGCUCGAAGAGGGAGAUCGACGAGAGGGCGCCUCUGAACCUCAGCCCGAUUACCAAGGGCAUCCUUGGGACUCUCACCGGCCUUACUGCUUCUUCUGGAGUCGAGGGAUUGUUGGACCCGUCUUCCAAGAGGGAGAUCGACGAGAGGGCGCCAUUAAAUCUCAGUCCCAUCACUAAGGGUUUACUUGGAACUCUCACCGGUUUGGCAGCUUCUUCCGGAGUCGAGGCGUUGUUCGACCCAUCUUCGAAGAGGGAUAUCGACGAAGACACCUUGAACGGCCUUAUCCUCCCCCACCUUAGGAUUGGGACUACCUCUCUUCCAGGGAUCGAGGGAUCGGCCGCCCCCUCUUCUUCGCGCCGCUCCGUAGACUACGGUGAUGUCGACACCGCUACCCUCGUCGCUCUCCAGAAGCUCGCGAGCAGGGCAUUGAACGAACUCGAUUGAACGAUUUAUG